UCAAUUGAGUUGGUUGCUCAUUUGCUGUUCUUUUUCUAUCUACUCGAAAACAACAUACGUUUUGCUUCUUUUUCACCACUAGCUAACAAAACAAUUGCUGGUACAGUUGCAUAUUGCAUUAUUAAAACAUGACGACGCGAGUCUUAACGGCUGCCAAUAGAGUUGCAAAUUUCAGCGCAGAAGCUGAACAAAAAUGGAAAAAACAAAACUCUCUGCGGAAAAUCGAGGAAAAGUACAAGUCCAGUCAGUUGCACCAAGAUUAUCUGAUGGAAAAAUUUAGAAAUUUGGAGUUGUUGGCUAACGAGACUAUAGGGCCGGAUGACUCGGCUAAUAAAGUGAUACAGUUCCACCUGGAUAAGAUGAAGGACGUUGAAAAGAUAAGAGAUCACGUGAAGACCGCUGCAGGAGAGCGGAGACAGGUCAGAUCCCAGGGAUCUAAGCGGCAAUCAAACUCCAACAAUCAGUCCCAGCAUUCAAACGAAAAAGAACUAAUGCUUCAAGCAAGAAUCUUGAGUGCCAACAGGCAAAAAAGAAGCGCCCAAAAAGACAUCCGAAAGUUUCUCGACCGAGCACCGCCUCCUAGAAUGGUAAUCAAAAGAGGUCAAAACAUGGAUGGUAUAGGGUUCGAAACUGACUUAAACUAUUUCUCAGUUUGCGGGUUGACACAGCCGAGCGACAAUGCUGUCAAGCUUUUUGCGAAAGAUUCUGACAAUGUUUUUAUAACAAGUAGUAAGUGCUCAAAGGUUAUCGCUGAGCAAGCAGUUGCGAAUCCUUCGAAACUCAACCGAGUGUUGGUAGGCAGGAAUGGACUUGUUCGGACUGAUCAGUCGGCACUCGGCAGCGCAAACGGACUCCGAAAGACGGCAAGGAGUUCGGAUUUUAAUGCGACGAAAUUGUCGGAUACUUCAUACAUGGCUGAAAUCCCGGCAGAUGUUCCACUGUCGUGGAAUGAUCAGCUUCGUAAAGAAAACGUUGUUGUCAAAGAAGUUAAGAGUGAGCCGAAACUAGCUGAAGAAAUGGAUAAGGCCACAGUCUAUAAAGAGAAAAAACUUCAGUUCAAAACGCUACUUGAGGAAGAAAAUCUGGAAGGUUUGAAAGCUAAUUCCCUGUGGCAAAAUGCAAAUGAGAACUACUCUUACUACGCCGACUAUACGCCGAGUGAAUCUGAUAGGUGCUCCCAAACUGAUUCGAGAUACGACGACGACCGAGAUGAUUACCUCACAACCCAAGAGAUCAUCAAAAUGGUGGCGAAUAAGAAUCGAGAGAAAAUGAAACGAGAGACGAAAAGCGCGAAGCCGAGACUAGUGUCCAGUCCGACUCAGAGCGAAGAAAUUGAACUUCCAAAAAUGGAAAUAAAUUUUGCACAGGCAAGAACUGAUGAAAGAUUUCGGGAAAAUGGUAGCAAAAAACCGACGGCUACGUCGAACGAAAGUUCGCAAACGACAACAGUAAAUUCACGUCUGCUUCGAGCGCAGACUGCAAAACCUUACACUAAUUGGUACCCCACAACUCUAGACGUAUAUCAGUCAGCCCAAAACUCCGAGUUAAAAAAUAAGGAUCGUCGGCAAAAGGAACGCCCAACAAGACAUCGGCCAAUGACUGGAACUCACAGGUACCCGAACACCGAGCCGAAACCUCACAAAGCCUACACGCCUAUAGUUUUCCCCAUGAACUAUAUAGUUGCUCAAAGAUCUAUGAUGACCAAUGAAAACCAAGUUAUAAAUGUCAUAAUUGACUCUGAUAUUCACGACCAGUUUAGUUCCUUUGCCGACCCUCGCGAGAUCUCUUCGGCUCUCAGCAACCGACCGAAGUCCACUUCGAUGUUUCCGAUCGCUCGUGGCGAUACUGCUGGGUCGACAAGCUCGAUGACCAGACAAAGACCGAGUGGCUCUGUGCAUGAAAAUAGAACAGAUACCGAAAGUGAACUGUGGGGUUCGGGCGGGUCUCUGAGUCGCAAAGCGGGAGGUUUUCGUGUUGGGUCCCGUACCGGAAGUGGGAACGAGGAAAGUGACCACGAGGAGAUAAUGAAUUACACAGAGGGUAUCAGGGUUCAAAUCGCAUCUAAAGCUGCUGUCACCAACCCACCUCCUGCACCAACUCCUGAGCCAUCUGGUUUCGUCUCACCUUUACACAACUCACCGCGCAGAAAGUCUUCAAAGAAAGUGCGAAUCAAUGGCUACUAGUGUAAAAACUGAUUAAGUACAUGUAAAUUCUAUAAUUUUGUUGAA